CAUUCAGAUAACAACUUAAUGAAUUCCUAAAAUCUUGAUUUGUUUAUACAUGUGUACAUAUAUACGUGUUUAAAUAUAAUCUACAAUAAUUUGGAAUUCAUCACAAUAGCAAACAAAUACAUUGGAAUCAAAUCAAGGCUAGCCGUGUUACAUUUGUGGAAUUUUCCUCUCAUUUAAACAUAAAUUUGGUUGUUACACCAUGAUGGACUGAAUGAUUGACUACGUCCAUUUAGUUGCAAAUAGCACAUGGCAAAACUUUUAAUCAAAAUGUGAAAUGUAUAUCAAUUGGACUUAAGUAUCCAAUAAUACUGUUAUUGUGGGUGUUUUAGUGCUUUAAAGAACAAACAAUAAAAAUAUCUUUAACUGUGCGAUCUUUAUUUAAAACAAAUAACGGUAAAGAAACAAUGGAAUUGUGUUAUCUCUUAUAAAUAUUAAUAACUCCUAUCUAGUAGUAAAUUUGUACUACAACGUUAUAAUUAAUAACAAGCAAUUAUGUGUAUAUUUGUACCGAAGUUACUGACAAAACAAAGUUUCGAAUAAAUAUAGUGAAUAAAUAUUGCAGUAUGAGGUGUUGAGAGUCAUUGAGCAGGGUAGCAAGAGAUUUGAAAGAGUGUGAAAGAGUAGUUUAAUUGUUUCCCACUGCGAAUACCUACUUCGCAGAUAAGAGCAAACACUACCAUAUUUCUUAUAAUAUUUUAUAUGAUUAUAUAGAACGACGAAUUUCGUUGGAAUCAAAAUCGCUAUCAUUGUUUGAGUGUAUAGACGAGCUGUAUGUCAUGGAAAAGAUAUUAUAUGUGACCAAACAGUUUAAAGUUGGAUCGGAUGUUAUCAUCAAAGUUUAUGGACAAUUUAAUAGUGAAAGUUAACAGCUUAACAAUUGUUUGCCUUAAAAGUCAAAUCAUAUAAUUAAAUAAUACAAAGCGUUUAUUGGUUAUUACUGAUCCGCCAUUAUAGAACGCACAAAUAUGUAAUCAAUUUUAAUUUUUUAGUACAUAAAUGGAUGAAGAUCAGUUCGGAUGAAACAAUAACAAUAUAAGAAUUGAGAGAACUCGCGAAUAAGCAUAAGUAUAAAUAAAAUUACGUAUUGGUUUCUCAUAAAUCAAUGUGAGUUCGCGCUGUAGAUAAGAAGACACAAUGAUGUUAAAUAAAUAUCAGAAUUAUUUGCAACAACAACAAAACCAACAUCAGCAGAUUGUAGAACAACAACAACAACAAAGUUGCGGUGGUAUAGCGAAAAGCGUUUGUUCAGGUGACCCUGGUCUAUCCGAUUAUGGCGCUAUGGCAUCAAAUAUUUCCAAAUCAGAACGUGAAUCUAUACACUCAGGCCAAUUUAUGGUUUCACAUUUCGAAGCGGAAGAAGCGCAAGAAGAUGAUCUCGAAGAGGAUGAUGAAGUGAAAAUGAUUGAUCCCGAAGAUAUAAAUCUUACGAAAUCGGAGGAUAUUGUGAAUACUUGCACUGAUGUGCAGCGUUUUGUACCUCGAAAAAUAUCAUACGUUCAAGAACUUGGUCAGGAAGGAUCAGUGGUGGCUUCUCACUUGGAAAUAGAAACAUCACUUACCAAAUUAUUCAAAUGUAUGAAUCUAGCUUACAGCCAAAAAUUAACAUCUCCAAAAUGGAAUCAUUUCAAAGGGAUUCGCUUGCGGUGGAAGGACAAAAUUCGUCUAAACAAUGUAAUUUGGCGAUGCUGGCAUAUGCAAUUCAUACUGAAGCGUAGGACACCGGUGUGCCAGUUUGCUUCACCAUUGGACGUUGACAUCCAUAGCAACCCGCAGGCGGUUGUAUUAGAAGGGAAAUAUUGGAAACGUCAAACCACCGUUAUCAAGGCUGAAUACAGGAAAUGGCGCAAAAAUUCCAAAUCUAAAACUGCUGGUUGCCUAACUUAUGACACGAAGAGCGAAUUCGACUUCCUAGAAUGGUCUCCACUGAACGAUCGAAUGUUAAUGAUACCCGACGAUUGGACCAAUGACACACUUUUCUCGUCGAUUAAUGGUCCAUUUCCGUUUCCUGAUCCACGUGAAAUAGCGCGCGGUGCGGGAAUAGCUGAUUUCAUACAACCUGGCCUUGGUUCUCUUCAACCGAAUAUUGACGAUAUCGAUCUGACGAUUGAUGCUUUAUUCUUCUCAGAGCUGUUGCAGCCGAAUCGGCUCCCGCCAGUGCCAGAGGAAGGCACUGAUGAAAUGCUUAAAAAUGUAGAAUAUAACCUCUCAGCAAUAAUGGGUACUGAUCAGCUCGAAUCAAAUAGUAUGGUUGGUGUUGUCAGUGGUAAUAAUUCGAAUGCAAUACCUGUAAACGAUGAUGCCAAUAUGUUGGACUUAAACGCGCCACUUGAUUCGCUACAGUUUCAAUCGUCAAUGGUUCAACAACGUUACCCAGCGCCAUUAUCUCGUGAAAAUAGUAAUAGUCAAUUAUUGAAUACCUCCGGAUCAAAUCAAGCGCAAGCACUUAACACUGUGGAUGCCAUCAUGACCGAUGACCAUUCUUCAACAGUGGGGGUAAAUGAUGGGUUAGGUUCUUCAGCCUCUGCAACAACGGCGUCGUCAACUAUGCGAAUGCACUCCAAACAUUUUCCGGCAGCAAGUGAAGGCGUCACAAACAAUAGAUCCUCAGGCAAUGAAUUUCCAAGCAAAAGUGUGAUGAAGGGGCGAAUUUCGAAAAACUCACAAAGAUCAUUUAGUAGGCGGGAACCGCAUAAUUAUGAUAAAGCUCAACCCACCUUGCAUCAAACCACAAUUUAUCAGCAAAUGUUGGCAGAACAACAGAAAAGCCAACAGAGUCAACAUUUGCAGCCUACUUUGCCUUGUACAGCAUUGCAGCAUCAUACUAUAGCCUAUCAUCAACAGCAGCAGCAACAACAAAUGCAAGCUGCGGCCACUCAAUAUCCCACAUCUAGCGGCAUAAUAAGUGGAACGGGCGACAAUGGUAGUGGCACCGUUUAUGGUGGCUACGGCAGUGUCGAUAUAUCAGCAUCAGCUAAUAGUGGUCUUAACGUUAACAAUAAUCUGCUUAAUAUUUCAAUGGUAAAUCAAAAGCCCAAAAGUUAUGCAAUAAUACAGACAACCACCAAUUGCAUGCCCAGCUCUCCACAAAUCAACGUUAACAAUUCACCACACACGGCAAACUCAUCAAUACUGUUGCAGACGGUGAAAACGGAACCACCAUCCACCGAUAUGUUGUCCAUUUAUAAUUUGAAUGCUUCUAAUGAUCUAUAUGGCAUCAACACUAAUCUAGGUGGUAAUAGUAACUCAAACGCUUACAAACCCUAUCCGAGUGUGAGUAACUUCAAGAAAUCCGCAUCCACUGGCGGCUACAUAAACAUGCGCGUUAAUACGAAUUCACCCUAUAUGCACGAUCAAUCGACGAACGCACAUCAUGUACACCAACAAUCGUUGCCACCGAAUUUAGGCUGUCAGGUGACUACGUUGUCCAGCCCCUUACAAUUACAGGUACAGGCACAUUGCCAAUUAUCGCCUUCAUCUAGUCAUCAGCACCAACAACAACAACAAUCUACUCAGCAUCUCCUAACAACACAGCAGCAGCACCCGAUGCAGCAGCUUAGUCAACAACAGCAAUCGUCUGUGAAUAUGAUGCCACGUGAAAUGUUUCGUUCGAAUAGUUUACCCUUGAAUGUGACACUGCAAAAAUUAGAGUCACGCUCAAGCCACGAUAACUUCGCUGUACCCAAAUAUCAGGCUAAAAAUAAUAAGCCACGCUCACGCAGCAAUUCAAUACAUCAGCAUUCGAUUGUCGCACCCAGUGGCGCCAAUAAGUCCAGUAGUGCAGCGAGUAAUAAUCUUUUGGUCUCAUCGCAGUUGCAGUCAGCUACCAGCGAUCCCAUGUUGAAUAAUAGUACCUUAGCUCAACUUUUGACAACGAACUCACGCUCGUUGCUUAAGAAACAAAGUUCUUCCUCAAGUGCCAUAUCGAAUGUAAAUAUACCGAUGCCUGCAUUAUCAAUGCCAGCAGUUGUGGUGCCGCCACCAGCGUCUUCGGCCAUAUCUGUAAAUACAAAUAAAUCGCAAAAUAUCGGCAGCACACCAACCAGCGCCAAUUUCUUUGCAACGCCCAACGUUCAAUGCACGGCAACUAAUGCAUCCGGCACGUCAGCGGAUUCAACUUAUACUCGUCAUGGCAUGCAAAUGCAUCAAGAGCAAAUGCAGAAGUCACCCAAAAAAUCUACUUCACUGCCAAAUCCGGCGGCACCGCAAAUGUUGCAUAGCCCACCCUGCAGUAAGAUGAUGAGUUAUCCGCCGACAGCCAGUCAAGCAGCCAUGUGCAGCAAUACAUUGAGCUUAUCACCAGAAUCAUUUCACGAUCAAGACUCACCUCUUUCACCAACGCAUAGCUUGAAAUUUCCACGAGAUAAUCAAAGGCGAGCCGGUCAUAUACAUGCCGAACAAAAACGACGAUAUAACAUUAAAAAUGGCUUCGAUUUAUUGCAUUCGCUUAUACCGCAACUGCAACAAAAUCCCAAUGCCAAGCUGAGCAAAGCAGCUAUGCUGCAGAAAGGUGCGGAUCACAUUAAACAUUUGCGUGCGGAACGUAAUCAAUUGAAAGAUCAUAUGGAGGCAUUGCUUAAGGAGAGAGAUAUUCUCAAUAAUUCGUUAACGCAUUUGCACUCAAUCCUCCCAGCAAAUGGCGCACCUGUAACACGCCAGGGCACAGAACAUGUUCGCCAGUUGUACGAUCAGUACGUGCGGCAUCGUACAAUGCAAGACUGGAAAUUUUGGAUUUUGGGGCUUAUAUUAGAACCCUUGCUUUCCUCUUACACCGCGUCAGUGUCCAGUGCCAGUUUAGAGGAAUUACGGCGUACAGCGUUCUUAUGGGUUGACCAGCAUUGCUCGUUGAUUGACUUGCGGCCAGCUGUUUCUAAUAAAUUAAAGUACUUGUCAAUGAAGACCGAUAUUUUGUCUGACCCUCCGUCGACAUUACAGGACGAAGUCGCAAAAGCUGUAUAUAACAACUCUGGGCAUCAUCCCAAUUUGCAUGGAACUUAAAAUAAUACUUCAUUCAUAUGUAUAUUAGACGAUUGUUAAGCAUAGUGAUAUACAAAUUUUCGGUUUUUUAUUGCUAAUCUUUUCAAGAAUUUGUACAAAUAUUUUUUAUUCUUAAACAAAAGCGUGCCUAUAAAGUUUAAAAAAUAGUUAUUGUUAUACGUUAAAAAAGUAAAGAAACAAUUUUAAUAUAAACAAAA